AUGAAGACAAUCUUCCAGAAUGGAAUCCUGGGAGGCGGAGAAAGAGCAUUUCCCGAACUGUUGUGGGACGAGUACCGCACCACUGUCAAGAUGCUCUCAGUAUGGCGAUCGAUGUGCUCCUGUUUUGUGCGAGUCGCUGGGCCAGCCUUCGUCGUCGUUGCAACAGCUGCUAAUUACGCCUCCAACUCCGUACCGACCUUGAUGAGAACAUGCAUCGCAAGCCGCGAACUUGGAGAACGAAGUGGUAACAAAGCCAUCCAUGUUAUCUAA